GCAGCCGGUUGGCUGUUUCCUGAAGACAUCGCUCUGAUUGGCACUCUGUAGCAAAGCGCUGACAUUGAACGGACGUGCGAUGUUAUCGUUACGGCUUCCUUUCCACCAGUUUCGGGCGCUGAGUUCAUCAACAUCAUCAGUGCCUCAGCUAGACCACGCCAAGGAUUUCUUGUCUAGGGUCCCUCACCGUAACCACCCGGGAAUCAUACAUAUGAAAACGGCUCGCUUGCCUCAGCAAGCCCAAGAUGCAGCUCAGGUUUUACUGAAAAGAUGCACUGUCAGACAGCUGGAGGAGAGUGUUGCCUCCCUUAACAACUACUUAUGGAGUCGGAAACGACCGAUUGAGGAUAAUGAGUUGAGAGGAAAAGCUGCAGAACUAGAACAUAAGCUUAGAGCUACCUUGCAGUUUGAUUCAGAGUUGAACAGUCACCAACAGGAAGAAAAGUUAAAAAAUCAAAUACUGAAUACUUUGCGCAAGAAUACCUAUCACUGGCAGCCUUUGAACUACACAAAUCAGUUUGGCUUGGUGUAUUUGGCCGCACGUUUUGCUGCAGGAUUUGCUGCUGUGUCUAGAGUCCUUCAAGAGAUUAGCCAACGUGUUCCUGAAUUCAAGCCCCAGACGCUGAUGGAUUUUGGUUCUGGCAUUGGCUCAGUUUCAUGGGCAGCCAAUGCUGUAUGGGGAAAUAGUCUGAAAGAAUAUGUGUGUGUUGAUGCCUCUGCAUCUAUGAACACACUAAGCGAACUGUUAUUAAAAGGUGGUAUAGAAACAGGUCAUAUGCACAUAUCUGGCGUUCAUUUCAGACAGUUUCUGCCGGUUUCUCCCAAGGUGCAGUAUGACCUUGUAUUCUCGGCAUACUCUUUAAAUGAGCUCCCAAGCUUUACUACGCGUGAAAGAACUAUCCAAACUUUAUGGAGGAAAACUGGGGGCUUCCUGGUGCUGGUGGAAAAUGGUACGGUAGAAGGCCACCAGCUUCUGAUGGAGGCUCGCAAUAUAGUCCUGAACAGAGGUGACAAGCAAAUUUUGGACGAUCGGCCACCUUAUGUAUUUGCACCGUGCCCACAUCAGCUGGAAUGUCCCAAACUUGCUAAAAGUAUCCAGAUGCCCUGUAACUUUAUGCAGCAGUACCAACCAUUGCCACUGAGCUGGAACCCACCCUGGCGCUGGGAGAAGUUUUCCUUUCUAAUAUUGUCCCGUGGCAGUGUUGAUGGAAAUAAUGAUCACUGGCCACGUGUAAUUGAGCCAGUGCUGCGCAGACCACGCCAUGUGCACUGUCACACAUGUGGUUCUGAUGGGAAACUGCAUUAUGAUGUCAUCACCGCUCGGAGACAUGGGAAGGAUCUAUACCGUUGUGCCAGAAGAUGUCAAUGGGGAGACCGGCUGCCAGCAAUAAUUUCUAAUGAUAACUCUCUUCCUGAUGAACCUGAGAAUGGUGAAGAGAUUCCUGCUUCAUGACAACUGAGAAAUGGAAGAACUGACCUAACAACAAGACAACUGUUUAUGGGAUAUGAUAAGCUUCCAAAGUUGUGGAAUAACUGAUACUAUCAACUGUCCCAUAUUUAAGUGUGUGUGCAUGUAUGUGUGUGUAUAUAUAUAUGCACAUAUAUAAUAUACACUGAAUGUGUAUGUUUGUAUAGUGUGUGUGUGUGUGUGUGUGUGUGUGUGUGUGUGUAUAUAUAUAUUGUUGCUAGAAGUGCAAUCCUUAAUAUAUGCAAGUGAUGACUGAACAUUUCAAUAUACUUUCCAUAUAUUUGCACAUGGAUCUUGUAUAAGAGAUUGCAACAGUGACGGGAGAUGGCUAAGUACUGUAAGAAACUAUAAGGAACUCUAGAACGGAUGUGUGUCUGCCUAGAUUUGUUUCUGUACUUGCUCAGUAAAAGGAAAUCUCUUAGCUUUCCAAGUGAAAGGAAUGUGCUAUUGUAGACAAUACAGACAUUUGUCAUGUAGGUCUUUAGGCUGGAAGAAAAUCUGAAGUGCUCCUUGUGUUUUGUAAUUCAAAUAAUUAUAUAAUUAGACACAAAAGACUACGGAAUCUGUAAACUCGGGCAGGUUUUGCCUUUUAUAACACUGAUGGGAAAAUUGCAGAAUAUCUGUGAUUUUCCAAAACCUGAGCCUAUUGUAUUCCCACCAGUAUGUCUAUUGUCUGGGGGUGAACGGCAGAAAUGGGUACUAUACUCCUCACUUCUAUUAUGGUACGCUCUUCUUGAAGAUAACUGCUAGCUUAUAGUUACAGCCUGAACUUAAACAAGGGGAAAUGUAGUCUUUCCUAUAAGGCAGGACAGGCACACACCGUGUUACCCUUCCAACAACUGGCUGUCUCUAAGCACACCCCAAUACAACUAUGCUCUAAAUGUCCUAGGUUGUAAUCUUGGUUUAAAUUCCAUCUUUUAAGCCAGUGGACUAAUAGUAAACAAAUGCAAGGUUCUAAUAUUUACAGGUGUAAAUAUAACAGAUUUAUAAAAAGUGACAAUAUAAUGUAUUGGUGCAGAUAAGUGAGCAUAACAAAACCAUUCAAUAAAUUUUGAUAAUAAUCUCA